CCUAUCCAAAAGCUCAAUAGUCAGAAACAAUGGGAGUGGCAGCAAACGCACCGUUAACAAUGAUGAUAGAGUGUUCCACCUCCAGAAAUUCCACCAUGGAACUCAAAUGGCUCAGAACUACAACAACAAUAAAAUCAACCACCAACAAGAACCUUCUCUUUAGACCACCCAUCUUCCCAAUUUACAUCUCUACUGAUCCCCACCACGUCGAUUCUCUCUCACAGCGCCGUCGUUGUCUCCGUCUUCUGCAAGUCUCACCACGUUCUUGCCGCUGCUGAUAGUGGUGACGAUGGAAGUUUUGGGAUGGACGAUUUGGUUGAGUGUGUGACGCCGGUGACUCCUUCCGACGGUGAAUUGGUGGGGUUUGGGCGUGCCGUUUCUGACUGCGGCCUCACUGCUUCAAUUUAUGAUGUCAUGGUUAUUCCAUCCCUGAGGAGAAUGGGAAUUGGAAGGGUGAUACUUAAAAGAAUUGUGAGAAUGCUUAUAAAUAGAGGUGUUUAUGACAUAGCAGCCCUUUGCACCGAGAACGAGAGGUUGUUUUUUAAGGCAUGUGGAUUUGGGGGUGACAUUUUAGGCUCUACAACCAUGAUGUACACCAGAACUGCUUCAUCUACUGCCGAGGAAGAACUAACCUUUACACGUGCGGGUAGAAAGCUAUUGUUGAUUCCCCCUCUUAAGUCUUAAGGGACCAUACGAGUCUUCAAGAACAACAUGAACAGUGAGUGGAAUCAGGACACACACUGCUCUACAAGAGGUUUGAUAAAUAGGUGUCUCCAUUGAAAAUUUGUAAAUGCUAAAUAUACAAAAAUUGUUGCAGUUUCGUUGUAAAUGUAGAAACAUGAUAAAUGGAUGAAUACUCUCUUUUGUAGAACAUCUGCAUAUAAACACUCUUAACUUUCCAAA